ACAGUACACUGCCGCCACAAACAACGUCACCUUUGCAGCAUGUGUUGGUGGAGUCGCGCUCAUAUCAACUCCUGUUUAUUUUAUGAAGCGCUCAACCAGUGUGAAUAAUUAAGCUUAAGGAGAGCUGGAGGCUCGACCAUUCGUCUGCUAAUCACAACCUAAUCUUUGAUCAGUCAAGUUGUUGGUGAAUCAAUUGUGGGUAGAGUGGGGGAGUGUGGAAAACCAGGAGAAACGUUGUUGCUCCUUGACAUUACUGACACAGUAACUGGAGACACUUCCAGAUUACUCGCAGGCUGAAAACCUAAAAUGCAUCUCCUGCUGUGUGAAGUUGCCACCGUUUAAUGAUAAAUAAAAUAAAAAUACGUGAAACGCUAAACCAGUGUGUCAUUCAGUGCAGCGAGUGAUGAAGGCUCGAGCCUCUAUCCGGUAAUCACAAGGUAGAAAGCUAACCCAUUCAGUGGAGUUCUGAAGGUCUUGGAUUCGAUCUAAUCUGGCUCCCGGACUUUUCUUAAAAAGGGUACUUCGAGUUCCUAAUAGAAUUUGUUGCGCCCUUUGCUCUGUAACAGUCUCCAAUCCAAACGUGGGGCCAAUCCGCUUCAAAACCCAUACCUGGACAUUUGUAGUAGCAUUUACUACCCUUGCUCAGCCAUAUGAAAAAAAGAGAAUCUUUGUUUCUAGUAUCCCUUAACAACCUUUAAACUUUUGUGCUUCACUUGAGUUCUAGCACAAGAUACACGACUAAUUACUUUUCCUGGAAGUUGAUACUCAGCGCACUAUUAUUAUUGCACGUCUUAUAGUCAACAGUGCUUUUCUUCACAAACUGAAGUAAAGGAACACCAUAUCGAAUAAUAUUAAUCACAUAUGGGUGGAUAAGCACAAUAAUGGAAUCCAAGGCACACACUGGAGUUACAACAAGCUAGAGUUUACAACAAUCUGCGGAAGAACAAGUCAUUCAAAGGUUUUCUCGAUAUCAUGAGAUGGUAACAUUGGCAGAAGAAGCUUCUAGUUAGUUUACUGAUGCAAUAUGAUAAACAAGUGUCUUUUCAAAUCACUAGAGUGACCUUGCAAAAUUUAGUUAAGAUUUUAAUUUAAAAAAAUGGCCUGAAAGGUCCUCUGCGAAGAAAUUAUAAUUGCAAACAUGUAUUUAUCAUCAUAGAGGAUUCAGAUCAGGCUCUCAUGGCCCUUAAGGGAGUAGUAAAUGAGGGUUUCCAGCCCCACGCUGGCCACACCAGAGCCCAGUCUGACGAUAGAUAUGCCUGGUACGAUGCUGAGGCCGGACCUUUGGAACCUGACACGGGGAUGGCAGCCGAAGAUAGACGGCAGCAACAGCCUUCUGCAGCCAGCUGGCAAGAGACUGAGUCCUUGGCGACUACUAUGGACGUUGCUGCCCAAACUGAGGAAGCCCCUCAAACCAUUAGCUCCUGGAAAAUCCUUAGGACGAACGCUUCAGGGGAAGCGAGCACUUCGAUAUCAUCAGGGUCUUCGGAAUAUGUAGUGAUUGAAACCCGUUCCACUGGGUUCAACGCCGCUACACAAACUCGAGACGCGCCAUUAUUCCGCUAUACCGAUGCCCAAGUGUCAGAUAUGGUGAUGGCUUGGAGGAUGCUGACCAUCUUCAUGCCCUGUACGUGGUACUUGAUCAUGUAUGUGGUUGACCAGAUGACUUCAGUGAUAGUGGCUGUAGACUUCUGCUCGUCAGGGAACCAGUGGUGGUGCGGCGUCACUGUCACCUUCCUCGUCCUGCCCAGCCUGGCUAUCAAUGCUUACUCUUAUGAACAAUUGACGAGGCCAGACAUUGCUAGUGUUGCUCCAGUCAACAAGUGGCUGGCUAGACUCCUGUUCCUCAUCCAAGUGGCUCCCCACUACCUAAUCUGCCGCAAAGUCAUCUGGUGUUUCCGUGCUUGGCGAGCCCAGAGCUGGCAACAAAAAAAGCAACAGCAGCAGCAGCAGCAGCCACAAGAAACGCAACAGCAACAGUAUUUAACACUGAGGAAGCUACCGCAGGAGCUGUGGGAACAGGCGAGAGCGGAGACUGACUCAGCCACAGUAAAAUGGUUUCAUUCAUUGCUAGAGUCUGUACCUCAACUCAGUAUCCAGUCUUAUAUCAUGAUGGUAAUGGUGCAGCCAACUCAUAACUAUGGUGUUCUCACGGGAGCACUGAUAGCGAGUGUGGUGUGAGUUUUAACUUCAGCAUCGUCUGGCCUGGCUUCUGUACUCAGUGAACGAGCUUGGGAACGUGUUGCAGCAUCCAUGGCUAUAUUCCUUACUCUAGGUUCUCGUGUGUUGGUGUGUGGAGGAGUGGGUACCAUCCACCCAGCUCUCUGGUUUGCCCCCAUCGCUUCAGCAACCUUACUUGGUUUCGUUACCAAGAUAGCAGAGUCCAAGGGAGUUACCUUCGUCGCCAUCAUCACCAAGACGCAUAAAUAUGCCUUUGAAGCCUUAAUGAUGGCAGCUGUGUGUCCUCCCUUCAACACGGUGGGAGUGUUCGCCUCCGCUCCCUAUGUGUUAGCCGGAAUCUGUUUCCUUAUGCUUGACCCAGGAGCUUUCGCCAACAUCGGUGUCUUCCUGUUCUCCAUUCUUGGCCAGAGCGUCUGGCUCGCUGUCGGUUUCUUUGUGACCAAGUGAUCAUUUUCCCACUGUGACAACAUCGAGAACCUUGAAAAUAGUGAUGGUUUUCUCUACCACAAUAACUUUCCUAACAGAGACCUCACGAAUUACGCUUCCCCCUAUCAUAAGAAAUUUCAUAACAAUUGAGGCAAGGCCAAUUAUAUUAUUUAAGGCACUUGUGCUCUCACGUUUGGAAUGUUAUAUGCUCAGGGCUCCUUUCAAGGCAGGCGGGAUAAUUACGCUCAUUAUUUGCAUCUCAUAAAAUAAUAUGUUCUUUGAGUUAUUAGAGCAUUUUACAGUAAUUUUUAUAUAGUUUAAAUAUUACCUUUUAAAAAUCACAGAACGGGUGGGGAUCGAGCCCAUGACAGGGGAGUCCAAAACUCCUGAGAGUUUUAAAGACUCUCUGCCAUAGGUACUCCUGUCUGUGUACCUUUUCUUCUAGGCUUUGCUUUCGUCCCUAUUUCCACUGUGACUUUUUCAAAUCGUUUGUUCAACAUUGCACAGACUUUCUUGUCGUUUACGUGAGCUCUUUCUUCAAUCGAAUUAUCUGGUCUUUUACUGUCGUCUUUGUUUUGGUGUGGUUAUGGAAGAGUUUUGGUUCAGACUUGGCUUUUGCUGUGUCAUUCUCAAAUUGUCGCUCAGCCACUGUCCUCUCCCUAGCACAUUCGUUUCUGGCUAAUCUGUUCACCUCUUUGCUCUCGUCUGCCCUUUGCUGUCUAAUAUUGUUUCCACGCUUUUAUGCAUUUCCUUUUUUGCGUUUCUGCAUUUCGGGUUUAACCAAGAGGCUCUCUCUCUCUCUCUCUCUCUCUCUCUCUCUCUCUCUCUCUCUCUCUCU